UCAAUUCACCGAUUUCCAGAUUCUCCCCCGCCUUCCAGAUUGUCCCCCGCCGAUAGCCCAUUACAGUGCGUCUCCUCGGGUGAUAAAUCUCGAUGGGAAAUGCACCCGGGCGCGCAACUCCAACACUGACCUUGUUGCUACGAGCGACGUCACAAUAGCCACUUGCACCCCCCGCAGCGACAGGCGCUGGGGCCAAAGUUUAGCCUUGCAGAUUAGAAACUCAGUUUAUUUUAACUUUAGCAUGUCUUCUAAAAGAAAAUAGGCCUGUAUAAUGACUUUAAGGAUCCCUUCCGAGUUUAAUCCAGAUAGCUCAGGUCAUGAAAAUUGUCACUGUAUUUCUGAGACCGAUUUAAUCAAAAAUGGUAGAUGAGCAAUUGUGCAUUGGCAUCCCUCUUGUGAAGCAAUUUUCCCAGUUAUAUCUGCUGAACGUAAUAAAGACUUAAAUGUGCGUCAUUCAGUAGGCUUUUGAAGUAAAGUGUAAACGAGCACAUUGGCAGGUGCACAACUGACCGGGGAGUGAGUGUUGAUUUUACGUGCUUUUGCUGUGAUGUGAGUGUUUUUGGCUAUUCAUGUCCCUCCAUAAAUUUUUGGAAUUUGGGUCAUAAGUAUAAUAACACACACUGCUGUGUAAUGUGUAACUCUGUGUUGUUUUAUGUGUCGAAUUGCUAUGCUUUAUCUUGGCCAGGUCACAGUUGCAAAUGAGAACUUGUUCUCAACUAGCCUACCCGAUUAAAUAAAGGUGAAAUAAAAAAAACUUUAAAAAACUGCACAGUUAGGCCCGAAUUUGACCCGCUUUUUAAAUUAUUUAAUUUUAGUAGCCAAGUCUAAUUUUAAAAGGCUCUGUGCCUAAUUUGUAUAUAUUGAAUGUAGACUGAUUUGAUAUAUUUUGUCAUUUCAGAGUGGCAUUGCCUAAAAUGAAUCACUCUGGGCCUGAGAAGCGCGAGCAGAAGUUCGUGCUCGACUGCAUCGCUGUCAGUUCGAUUGCGCUCGGGUAUGAACACAUGCGCCCCCGGCUCUGGUCGGUGCUCCCCGGGUACGACGCACGCAAUGACCCCCACGCUGCGCGCUACACGACCACCCCAUCGGUGCAGAGGGUCCCAAAGAAGACCACCCCGUCGGUGCAGAGAGUCCCACAGAAGACCACCCCGUCGGUGCGGAGGGUCCCGCAGAAGACCGAGAACAAGGAACUGAAGAGCGCCGCUGCCCAAAAGUCCCUAGACCUGAGGAACACUUCCGGAGCAGGUCACUCCCGAGAGCAGGUGAGCAACCACAGUGGUCUCAUGUCGGACAACAAGCCGCUGAUAGGCUACAACGGGCGGUUUGGGUUUCGGCGCAACACGCCCAACCUCCGGCGGAACCCAUCCAGCUUCGGAGAGGUGACCACGUUCCAACUCCAUUGAGUCCAACCGACCGAAAAGGUAUCAUCAUCAUUAUGAAGUUCCAAUGAGCAACAAUAAAUGCGUCCAGAGAAUGUCACCCUAUAACUUGAUGAGUCAUUAUUUAUGCCUGUUUAUCUCUGCUUAAUGCUGGGGUGAUAAUAUAACAAUAGUAAUAUUCUGUUCACAGACUGCUAUAGACUACUGUCACAGACAAUGGAUUUCAGGUAGCACCAUUGAUGUACACUAUAUAUACAAAAGUAUCUGGACACCACUUAAAAUGUAGUGGAUUUGGCUAAUUCAGCCACACCCGUUGCUGACAGAUGUAUAAAAUCGAGCACACAGCCAUGCAA